CUUGCCGCGGGCUUGCUCGUGUACAGUGAAAUUACUAUGGGGCAACACCAUCCACGCCAGCGGAUGAGGCCAGAAGUUUCGCAAAUAUAUCUAGCAAUCCCACCACGCCAUCAUCCAGUUCAUUUCCCAACUUUCUACUUUGGCAUCACUUGAUCCCUCGACGAUGCUGCCCGAGACCACGACCGCGUCGCCGACAACCUACUCGCCGCAAAAGCAAAUGCCAUCGUCGUCGCCCAAGGCUAUCAACUCGGCGGUCGCGCCCUUCCUCGCGUCGCUCUACGAGAUCCUCUCGAAAGAAGACGCCAAGAUCGUCUCAUGGUGCGACGAUGGCAAGUCGUUCGUAGUCCAUGACAACGACGCAAUGGAGCGCGAUAUUUUGCCCACGUACUUUCGCCACAACAAGUACGCAAGCUUCCAGCGCCAGCUCAACUACUUUGGCUUCCGCAAGCUCCACAAGGCGCGCGAGAACGACACGAGCAGUAUCUACUGCCAGCCGUGCUUUGUCAAGAACGACCCGUCGCGCAUGCUCCUCAUCAAGCGCAAGACGCACCGUCUGAAGGGCUCGACGCCGCGCAACGGGUCGACGCCGCGCAACGGCGCGCAGCGGUCGCCAAUGGCGAUCGACGACUUUGCCUUCUACCCGGGUCAGUACAGCCAUACUGGCAUGGACAUGGAGCACCACGCGUACACGCGCGCCAAGAGCGUCUCGGACCCGAUGAUCUACCUGCCGCAAAACAACAACCAGAGCUCGACACCGACGCACGGCUACGCCAACAUGUACGAGUCGCCCUUUAUGAACGUCAACCCGUUCUUGCCCGUGGACAACGGCAACUACGGCCGGCCGCACGCGCUCUCGGACCCGGCGCUUCUCUACCAGAUGCCCAGCGCGGCGCUCGCGACGCCGGUCGCCAACCCCGACAUGCAGGUCGAGACGUCAAUGGCGCUCGAGUUUGCGACCAUGCAGGUGUGGAACCACGACUUCUUUACGAGCCCCGUGGUCGAAGACCCGAUUCCGUUCGACGAUGCAACGACCGACGACGCCAAGCUCUUUACGACUGAGGACCUCCAGCUGCUCUGCGACGACCCGCUCGAGUGCUAUCUGUAAAUCCGCGUCGUCGUCGUCUCUGUCUGCUGUGCCAUAGUUUUCGUUGUUAGCGAGUCAUUUAAUAUUAAUAACCUUAUCACGCUUGGAAUGCGCAUUCUCCA